AGAACGUCCGAAAGACUCGUUCGACGACCAAGCGGAUUGACGGCACGGCAAACAUGCGGACGGCAAUUUUUCUACGUUGGUUUCUAUUGUUUUUCACCCAGACACCUAUGGACGUCCUAUGCGCCAACGGACAAUACUACAGCGGACCGCCGUCGUAUUACGCGGUCGACUACUCGCCAAGAACGUCGUCUUCGAACGCCUCGGACGGCCGUAACGCGCUCUCGGACGGCGCGCGGACGUUUCCGAACGGUUUCCAAACGGAACGUGUUCGUGGUCGGCACCGCCGUAAACGUAUCUAUUCCGAUUGGUCGGACUGGAGCCCGUGUUCGGAGAAGUGCUCGACGGUCAGACAAAGGCAUUGCAUCCGGUCGACGGUCUGCGGUUCGAGCGUCGUCACCGAACGGUCGUAUUGUCUCACGACGUCGAGAUGCCCGGGGCUAGCGAUGGAUCGCGAAUCACCCGCGCCGAACAAAGGGCACGCGGCCGUGAACUGGACGUGCGGCGGCGCAUCUGUUGAUCCGGCGGCGGCGGCGGUCCCGUACGCUUUCGAGACUCCCCGGUAUUCCGUGAAGAUAAUGGGAGGCCGGCAGUCCGAGAAACUCCGUUGGCCUUGGCAAGUCGCGGUCUUCAACGGGCGUAAGAAACUUGUCUGCGGCGGUACCCUCGUCGCGCCCGGCUGGGUGCUCACGGCCGCGCACUGCACGAGACGAAAGUUAUCCGUGCGGCUGAACGAACACGAUCUAUCCGUCGACGAGGGCGACGAGUUCGACGUCGGGGUCGACCGUGUCGUCGUACACCCCGAGUACAAUCCGAACACGAUCGAUAACGAUAUGGCUCUGUUGAAACUUCGCUCGUCGGACACGGAAACGAACGGCGGCUACCAUCCGCAACCGGCUUGUCUUCCGGUCUCCGAUUUUCACCAGACGAAACGGAAGCCCGCGCUGUGCGUGGUUCUCGGAUGGGGAAAAGUACGUUCGCAACACUCGUACGGAUCGCACGUGCUCCGGGAAGCUAGGGUUCCGAUCGUGGGACGGCGGACGUGCCGGGCCGCGUACCGGCGGUACCUGAUCACGGAGAACAUGAUGUGCGCGGGCUACAGGGACGGCCGGUCGGACACAUGCGCCGGCGACUCGGGCGGGCCGCUGUUGUGCAGGAUGCGCGGCCGAUGGACCGUGGUCGGCGUGACCAGUUUCGGCGACGGGUGCGGCCGGCGGGCCAAGUACGGGGUCUACGCGACCGUGGCCAACAACGUGCGGUGGAUCGUGUCCGCGAUCACCGGCUGAGGGACGAUCCGCGGCGCGGCAGCAGAACGCGGUACCGUGGGGAACGAAGCUGUCCGACGCCACACGAAAACGGAAUGUUUACUACUUCAUUACGGUGGAAAAUCAUCCUGUCGAGCUUUUAUUAGUCUUGUCCAAAACCAUACCGCCAUGAAAAACUAUAAAAUAUUGGUUCAAUGUCUAAAACGGUUUUAACCAUGUUUUUUUUCUAUUUUGGUAAUACCAUCUAGUCUGGUGGUCAGGUCUACGUCGAGAUCGACGAUGCGGUAAGGAUAUCGUGAGGAAUGGGGGAAUGGGAGCAGGGAUCGUAUGCAGGUAUGCGCGUAAGCACGGAUCCACUAGGAACUAAUAAUAUCUUGAACAGUGGUUUCUA